AUGCUCCUUCAUGAUUCACGCAAUGAAGACGGUAUCAAGAGCUUCUUUCAGGAGGUGCAUGAGCUUUACAUAAAGAUUCUUCAGAACCCCUUGUACCUUCCCGGUUCUCGGAUUACAUCGUCACAUUUCGACACCAAAGUACGUGCACUUGCAAGAAAGUACCUGUAG